AUGACUGUUGGUGACAAGGACGUGGUAUUGCCCGCCUUGUACCCUCGAGGCCGUCGGCUGCGGGGAAACGCCACGCCGGUGGCCAGCCCUCUGCCAGGGGCCCUGUCGACUGGCGUAUCUUCCCAGAACUGCACGUCGAAGGUGCCCUUCAACGACAGCAGGGUGUUCCUGGUGACUGUGUACAGCACCGUGUGCAUGCUGGGCCUGCCAGCCAACUGCCUGACGGCCUGGCUGACGCUGUUGCAGGCGCGCCAGGGCCACGUGCUGGCCGUCUACCUCUUCUGCCUGGCGCUGUGCGAGCUGCUGUACAUCAGCACCCUGCCGCUCUGGGUCGUCUACAUCCAGAACGGGCACCGCUGGCUCCUGGGCCCAUGGGCCUGCAAGGUGACCGCCUACGUCUUUUUCUGCAACCUCUACGUCAGCAUCCUCUUCCUGUGCUGCAUCUCCUGCGACCGCUUCCUGGCAGUGGUGUACGCGCUGGAGACGCGAGGCCGCCGCCACCAGAAGACCGCCAUCCUCGUCUCCGUGUCUGUCUUCGUUCUCGUGGGGCUCGUCCACUACCCGGUGUUUCAGAUGGAGGAGAAGGGAACCUGCUUUGAGAAGCUGCCGAUGGACCGCGAGAUCGCCGGGUACUACUACACGCGCUUCGCCGUGGGCUUCGCCAUCCCUCUGUCCGUCAUCGCCUUCACCAACGAGCGCAUCUGCAGGAGCAUCAAGAUGAGCGCCGGCCUGAGCGCCGCCCAGAAGACCAAGGUGAAGCGCCUGGCCAUCGCGGUCGUGGCCAUCUUCCUGCUCUGCUUCACUCCCUACCACCUGGUGCUCCUGGCCAAAGCCAUAGCCUUUUCCUACUACAAAGGAGACACGGGCCUUGUGUGCGCCUCCGAAAUCAAACUGUACACGGUCUCCGUGGUGUCCCUGAGCCUGGCCACGGUGAACAGCGUGGCUGACCCCAUCAUAUACGUGCUGGCCACAGCAGCUUCACGCCAAGAAGUGUCCAGAAUCCACAAGGGGUGGAAAAAGUGGUCCAUGAAGACAGACGUCGCCAGGCUCACGUAUCCGAAGGAUUCUCAGGAGGCACAAUCGCCCACAUAGCUCACCAACGGCUACGCCUUCCCCAAGCCUGUCCGCCCACCGGGGCCACCGCCGGGCGCGCGGCCUCGCCACGCACCCUGGAGGGCCUGA